UUUCCUUGACCUUGGAGCUGCCAGCUCUUCCUCCGCGUGCGUACGUGUCAUCUCCCAUGGCUCCGGCUUCUUUCAACCAAAACGCAAAGACAGUUUGCGUUUUGGAUGCCUCCGGCCGCCUAGGCUCCGCCCUUGUGCAACACCUCCUGCAUCGAGGCUACACUGUCCACGCUGCUGUCCAAAACCAUGGCGAGUUGCAAUCUUUCGAAGAGCAUAAGAAAUUAAGGGUUUUUCAUUCGGACCAUCUGGACUACCACAGCAUACUGGAUGCUUUGAAGGGAUGCUCCGCUUUGUUCUACACUUUUGAGCCUCCACCGGAUCAGCCCACCUAUGAUGAAUUUAUGGCAGAGGCGGAGGUUAGGGCAGCUCAUAAUGUGUUGGAGGCGUGCGCACAAACAGACACCAUAGACAAGGUUGUCUUUACGUCCUCCGUCACGGCCGUUAUAUGGAGAGACGGCCGUGAUACGAUGUCGUCUGAAGUUGAUGAAAGACGUUGGAGCGACGUAAAUCUUUGUAGAAAAUACAAGCUGUGGCAUGCUCUAUCGAAGACCCUAGCCGAGAAGACAGCAUGGGCCCUAGCCAUGGACCGAGGAGUGAACAUGGUGUCCAUAAACGGUGGGCUUCUAAUGGGUCCUGAUCUAAAAAUCACAGACCCAUAUUUGAAAGGAGCAGCUGAGAUGUACACGGAUGGUGUAUUUGUUACUGUGGAUCUCAGGUUCAUCGUAGACGCGCACAUCUGCGUCCUUGAAGACGUAUCAUCCUAUGGACGAUAUAUUUGCUUCAACCACGUCAUCAAUUGCAACAAAGAUGCCGCUAAGCUUGCCCACAUGUUACUGCCACCCUCUGAAUCUUCAACUCCUCAAAGUUUGGAGGAUACAAGAGUCUAUCAAAAGAGGAUAAGCAACAAGAAACUUCAAAAAUUAAUGGUGGAUAUAUGAUAGUGAGCUGAUUGAUCUGCAGCUUCGCCAAGAAGAUUCUAUCUUCCACUCGUAGGAACUACGAGAUCACUUCAAGGACGCCUUCUACAUUUAGGGGUCACUAACCGACCAUAAAACUCUAUUCAAUUACAAUAAGUGGAACGAUCUUUCUCUUCUUUUUACAAAAAAAAAAAAAAUAAAUAAUUAUGCAUUUCAAUUUCAACCCUAAAGCUUGUACACCAAUUCUAGUGACGUUUUUCAAUGUACCAUCAAAUGAGCCUCUUCACUAAAGGCAAUAAAGAGUGGUGCAGGCUUCGAUUCCAA